AUGCCGCAACGAUGGUCACCUCACCCGACUUUCAAUCCCAAUUGUUCCAUCGACCAAGCUCUUUCCCUAGCCGGUCAGUUGUGGAGUGGUGUUCCCGGCAAUGACACUAACAACACCCUAGCAGAAGAACAGGCCGAGAGUCUUCAGCUCCACAUGGACCUCCUAUCAAGCUUGGGUCGGCUGAACAUUCCGAGCGAUAACGGAUUGGAUCAUGCACUGAACCAAGUCGAGACAAUGAAAGGCACAUUUCAAUGCUAUGUCGGUACUGGGAGGGAUCAUGUGGAAGAGACAAUGGGAGAAAUCAACAAUGGUCAGAUGCUCGCUAGGGAUCUUCGCCUUGCCUUGCUGAAGACGAUCGAUACACGGGUUGUCCUAACGGAAGGUGCUGCCCUCACCGAGACGUAUGGGUGGUAUCCGCCCGUCGCUUUCCUUCCUCUUCCCCAGACAUUAUCGUUCGACGAGAAGGAGAGGCGAACUUCGAAGUGGCGCCUCUUCGAUGAACGGGAACGAGUAAAGCGAACAAUCUAUCAUCAGCGCACGUUGAGCAAGUUACGCGACACCCUUUACACUGAUACGAGACGCUUUACCGAUGUAGAGGGAUAUCGAGAAGAAUUGAAGCAUUUGACAGAAACCGUGCUCCAGGAAUAUAGGUCAAGGGAUUUACAAUGGCCAUGGAUUAUCACAGAUUAUGUUGAAAACUCAAUUGAUGGUCUGGAAAGUUGGCUUCACGGAGCAUAUCGUUCGGACAUGGAACGACCAGCAGUCGGGAUUACAGAAGAUAGGGGAUGGAAGGAGCUUGAGAUAAGAACUGGCAGGUUAUGUGAUGCGUUUAAUGGAGUUCUAAGUGUUCCGGUACCCUCUCACUUAGCUGUACGAGGUGAUCGACGUUGA